GUGAUGUGUGUGUCCUUGGCCAAAAUAUUUGUUCAUUUCAGGACCAUAAGGGCGUGAUUCAACCCCAUUGGGGACUGAAUUAGGGGAAUCAACGGGAAAGAAUGAGCUGUAUAUUUUGGUUGCCAUAUAAAUCAAAUUUGUACUUAAUUGUACUCUUUACGUUCCAAACUAGAUGUCAUUUUGGCUUCUCAGGGUCAGUGCUAUUUUGACUAUUACAUUUAUAUGUAUAGAUCAUGUAAAUGAGUCGGAAAAAAACCAUGAAACUUUUUUCGCGACGAAUCUAAUGGGUACCAUUUCAACAUAACCAACCUAAAUCGGUUUAUUAAUUAUUACUUGUCAAAGGCAGUGAAGUCAGACUGCAUGCCUGGAGCAUCAUCCAUUUUGGAAUACAGCUAAAAUCCACCUCAUGAUCCUCAUCCAAAAAGGUCUCCUGUUUUCUGUUUGGGAAUACGUCAUCCCGUCGGUGUUAACAAGGAUGAUCAGUGCACCAAUGUAGAGAACUGAAGAUGUGAUACGUUGAGCUUUGGUUUUAUCAGCCCUUAUUGUCCCAUUCAGCUUUCUGUAUUUCCUUGGAACUAGCAGAAACUUGCUCUGCACUCCUUUAGAACGAGAAUAUGCUGUCCAGACAACACAUUGGGCAACAAGAAGGUAAUUUUUUAUCCCGUUGUGGUUUGGAGUUAUUCUUUGUUUUCUAGCAAACCCAACAGAAACUUUUUCUUUACCUUUGAAACAAUAUAACCUACCAUCCACAGCAGGCAUUUCGCAACAAGAAACCACAAAAUGCAGACCCUUUGGGGAGACUAAAUACAUGUGGAGCUAAUAUGUGCAUGAAUGUUUGUUGAUUAAUGCACUAAAGGAAAUAAAGAACAUCUGAACUCAUGCAUCUGACAACUGUAUCCCGAUCUGCGAGUGAGAAGGUACACCUGGCAGUGGGGGAUGAUCCUAAGCAGUGGUGGCUCACUCUCAUAUGGGCUUCGCGCUGCUUCAUCCCACAGCAUAACUUGUUGGUUCUUGUCCACAUCCACAGGCCAGCUAUCCCAACGGUAUUGGGAGCUCCGGUGCCAGCGAGUACGUUGACAGAAGAAAGUAUUUGUGUGCACAUGACGAAUAUGAGAAAAAUAAUUGAGAAUAACUUCAAGAAGUGCUUGCAAUUGUAUGAGGUCCAUGCGGAGAUACUCAUAAUUGACAAUGAUAAAGAUGUGGGCGUUGCACUUGUGGAGGUAAUCAAAGAGCAUAAGAUUACCACACUCGUUAUGGGUGCUAAAAGAAGAAAACAUGGCUGGAAGAGCAGGAGAGCAGUUGCUUUGGAGAAACAAGCUGAUUGUUUGUGCAAUAUUCUGUACCUCCAUAACGGAUUUGUUGUUGACAGCAGGCAUCAGCACACAGACAGAAAAAUUGGCGUGCCUUCUUUGAGAGGUUGCCACUUCUCAGGCAGUAGUAGUAAUGCCACGAAAUCCUCUUCUUUCUUCAACUCAUGUAGCACCGCUGACGCCUUUGAUGUGGAACAUCUUGAUGACCCUUCCCUAGUGAUGAAUACUACCUAUAUAUACAAUGAUAGUAGAUUCAACGCUAUAAUUGGUCUCAAGUCAUUUGACAGUUUCAGGGAGCUAGUAAACCAGCAAAUUUUAGCUGAGCACUCAAGGGACCUGUACCAGGCAUUUCACAUCAAGUACUGCGACAUCUUCACUGGGUGCCAGUUCAUUGGUGGCUUUGACUCACUCAUUGGAGUAGAUUCACAAAAUUUAGGGGAUGCGCAUUGGAAAUCCAUCAAGAGCUGGCCUGCAGUGUUGGACUAUAUUGUCAGUGUUCUCAAGACAUUGAAGAUGCAACUCCUCAUGCAAAAUCAUCGUGCAUGCAAUGGAUUUACACAUGAUGACCUUUCAGAAGCAGUGAAAAUACCUAUUAGGCGUCUGUUCGCUGUUGCUUCAAUGGUAUCUGACCUUGAGGUGCGAAAGUCACCAGAGAAGCUAUUCUGCGUAUUGAACAUGUACACAGCACUCGUGGAUGCUGCCCCCACUCUCAGGAAAGUCUUCUCUACAAAAUCCAUCAGAGAUGUUCUUGGAGAACUGGAAGACUCUGUAAGGGGAAUACUUAAAGAACUUAAAGGCUUGAUUCACACUUACAACUCACCAAAAGUAGUGCUGGAUGGAGAUAUUCUGCCGAUCUCUGGGUACCUCAUGAGAUAUAUUGUGCUCCUAGUGAAGCAUAAAGUUUCACUUGAUACGAUUCUAGGUCAUGAUUACACUGACAGUCUGUUGAAAGUUGAGGGAAUGAGUUUAACAGGUGGUCUAGUAUCUGGACUCAUCACUGAUCUGGAAUCAGUAAUUGAUAAACAAUCAAAGCAAUGUGCUGCUUCUAAAGGACUCCGGUGCAUAUUCUUGAUGAACAACAUACACUUCAUACUUCAAGAAGUCAAGCAAUCAGAUGUACAGUUGACUGUCAAAGCCAAGUGGUUUGAGAAACGCCAAUCCUGCAUCAAGGGGUACAUAAAGAGUUACCUAUCUGCAUUAUGGGUACCUGUUACGUCCACCUUGGAGGUUGCAAGAAGCGUGCCUCCCAGUAAAAGGGCAAGGACAAACUUGCUCAACUUCUGGUACACUGCUCCGUCUCUGACUCCCUUGCAGAGUUUUGCUUCGGCUUUCAAUGAAGCUUGCAGUUGCCAGAUUUGUUGGAAGGUACCCAGUCCAGCUCUUCGAGAUGAGCUUCGUGUGAAGAUCCUUGAGUUUGUUAGUCGAGCGUACCAUGGACACUUGGAAAGUCAGAGACAGUCUGCAGAACAAAAUGCGAAUGAUUUUGAAUUGGAGUGGAAAAGAAAAAUUAGCGAAUUGUUUGAAGGAUGAAGUAGCAGUUAAAUUUCUUUUAUGUGUGCGGAAGCGGAUGAAGACGACAGCGCUAGUAGAAGCUUUGUAUAUUGUACCUAUGUUGCUGUCCCUCGUGUGUUGCCCCUGUAAAUGAUAAGCUGAAUCAGCUUAAUUAAAAACAUAUUUUUGCUAUGGAGGUGCUAUUUAUAUCUUUAAAAAUAUACUUGAGAACUUA